AUGGAAUCUGUUUGGAAGUGGGCAGAGUCAUGCCAUGUUAACGACUAUAGCAGCUGCGCCAAGUCCGCUGUAGAUUCGGUAGCGAAAAGAGUUCAGAAUGCCGAAAUGACCACGAUGUACACGGCCGCAGCGAUAGGUGCUUUCGUUCUUUUGCUCGCACUCAAGCCAUCCAGUGGGUCGAAGAAGAAAUCGAAGAAGUCCAACCACAGUGACAAGAAGAAGUCUGCUUCUGCAAAUGGAGCAAAAGAAAAAAAACGUUCAAGUUUGGAAGAACAGAUAGAGGCCGUUUACCAGCGGUAUUUGGGCGAAUACAAGAGUGGUCUGGAUCAUUUGAUUGAGACGUUUGACUCAGGUUCCGAAAAAGCACAAUAUCAGCUCAGUUACUUCAAUGAGAUGCUUUUGAAGCUGCUUAUAGAAUUGGAUGGUGUGGACUUGGUGGACGUGGAAGCAGCCCGUAAGGCUGCGCUAAAGGACAGGCGCAAGCAGGUGAUUAGAGAAAUUCAAACGGAUUUGAAGAGACUUGAUUCUAUGAAGAAUUGA